AUUAGAUUUAUGUCAAAUGUAUCGAACACUGCAAUAUUACCAGGAAAAUAAAGUGCAUUAGGUUCAAUGCCUUUAACGUAUCACAGAAACCAAAAAUGUGACGAAGGCGCUUCUAAAAUCCUGUCGGCCGUUCCGCAAAUUUUUCUCACAGUAAUGGCGCGCUGUAAUAACGCCCCCUAGUGGUUGACUGAUAAUCUUCACCAGCAUUAUAUCGAUGUUGAAAGCCAGAAUGUCGUUAUUAAAAUCAUUUUUAAAAAGAUUGAUAUAAAUCUUUUGUAUCGAUUUCUAUGCACAGCCGUAUUAAACGGGAUAACAAAACGACCUUUGUUCACAAUCCACCGUAAGACCAUGCUCUAAAAGUUGGCUUUAAAAGCUUACUGCUUCAUCAAACUAAAGGCAGAAAGUUAUCUAGAGAAGUAUUCCUGAGGAAGAGGAGUCUGCUCCUGUCUCCCCGCUGCUCCAUCCCUGUAGUUCCCCCGCACAGACUCUAGAGGGCGGCCGUGAACCGGGCGAGCUGCACCCAUCCCCUGUUUAAAAAGCGUCCCACAGACAAGCAGCAGGCUGGCAGGUUCACAGUCUUGCUCGGCACCGGCCUCCGGGACGACUCUCUCACUCUCCGCCUGGGAUGGAGAAAGACGCCUCAGCGCCGGACCCGUCCCGGCAGCGGAACGGCUUCUCGGGCGUGCUGUACGGAGAGUUCGCCGACGCGCUGAACGACGAGCUGCGCUACUCGGUGAGCCUGACGGAGAGCGCGCUGACCGUCCAGAGGAUCUCCUCGUCGCCGGACCGGACGAAGGUGGCGUUCAACCUGAGCGACUGCGUGGGCUGUCGGUCGCACACAGGGCCGGACACGAGCGCCUACUUCACGGCUUAUUUCUACCCGAUGAAGAGGCGCUGGAUGAGCGCCGGGCUGGCGCGCCAGAGGGUGGAGCAGUGCUUUCGGGUGGCGCCGGCGCAGGACCCGCUGGUCAACCUGCGGGAGGCUGAGAGAUGGGCUCAUGCCAUCAGAGACGCCUCGGAGCGGCUGGCUCCUCGGAGGGACGGUGUGGCGUGCACGAAGCUGAGGAGACCUUGCAGAACCAUGAUCCUGGUGAACCCCCACAGCGGGCGCGGGCAGGCCCUCCAGCUGUUCACUGGCCACAUACAGGCCAUGCUCACAGAGGCGGACGUUCCCUACACCCUCGUCAUCACAGAGCACCAGAACCACGCGCGGGAGCUGGUGAGGAACGCCGACCUGUCGCAGUGGGACGCGCUGGUCAUCAUGUCUGGUGACGGGCUGCUGUUCGAGGUGAUAAAUGGUCUGAUGGAGCGUGAAGAUUGGCAACAAGCUAUCAAGACCCCUCUAGGUAUCCUGCCAGGUGGCUCUGGCAACGCCCUGGCCGCGUCCCUCCACCAUUACUCGCAGUCGCCUCCAGCCUGGAACGAGGAGCUGCUGCUGAGCUGCGGUUUCAUGCUGUGCAAAGGUCUGGUCGGUCCCCUCGACUUGGUGUCCGUCCAUUUGGCCUCCGGACAGCGCCUCUUCUCCUUCCUCUCCUUGGCUUGGGGCUUCGUGGCAGAUGUGGAUAUUGAGAGCGAGAAGUACCGUCACGUGGGGGCUAUCCGUUUCCUGAUGGGCACCCUGGUGCGUCUGGCCUCGCUCAGAGUAUAUCAGGGCAGGUUAGCGUACCUACCCGCUAAAGAAGAACCGAAACCUCAGACAGAAAACGCGAAGGCAACGUCCACACGUCACCCGCCCUCUCUGUCUUCGCCCCCGCCCGGCCAUGUCGCCCCCGACGCUUCGCCAAAGCAGCGGGGCUCUCUGAACAAUCGCAUCGACACAAACCUAAACCAAAACUCCUUCACCAACACCUCCGACGUCAUCACCAACAUGAGGCCCGAGACACAGAGCAACAAUAAAACCACGUCACCCGUAGAUUCUCUCCUCCCCGGUCUGGACCAGCCAGUCCCAGACAACUGGACGGUGGUCAACGAGGAGGACUUUGUCUUGGUGCUGGCCAUUUACCAGUCCCACCUGGCCGAGGAUCUGUGGACGGUCCCCGGGGCCACGGCGGACGACGGGCUGAUUCAUCUGUUUUACGUGACGGCGGGAAUAUCCAGGCCCGCCCUCUUGCGUCUUUUCCUCGCCAUGGAGAAGGGUUCCCAUUUAGCAUGCGGUUGCCCCCACCUUGUGUACGAGAAGGUGAGGGCCGUGCGGCUAGAGCCCACGUCACAACAGGGCAUGAUCACGGUGGACGGGGAGGUGGUGGAGUACGGGCCCAUUCAGGCUCAGAUCCACCCCGGAAUGGCUAACCUUAUACGCGGAUGAACCUGUGCUUUACUUUAUAGUGCUAGUUUUCGCCUUUUAUACUCAGUGUCGGAUUAUUUAUGUAUGCCGUCUUCUCAGAAGUGCCAAAGACGAUUAUUCAGCCUUUGAAAAUUCCUUUAUUUUUCUACAGAGACAACCUGCCCUAUUUUUUUUUUACGGGCCUCCUAAUCCCGUCCUUUUUCUCUCAGUGUUAGAUUCAGGGUCAAAGCCAUGGAGGACUGCUCUUACUUCUGGCUGGUCCAGGCUUAGAGAAACCAGAAGGGGAAAGUGUGGGCGUGUAAAUACAAAAAAGCCGGAUCUGUAUGCAUUUUUGUCCUUACCCGUGUGUAUAUGUGUGUGUGUGUGUGUGUGUGUGUGUGUGUGUGUGUGUGUGUGUGUGUGUGUGUGUGUGUGUGUGUGUGUGAGACUGCAUGAGGGGGCUUCGGCAGUACAGUGGCAGCGUAGUGCAUUCUGCUUGUCCGACCUUAUAAGCACGGCACAUGUGAAGAGAAGCACGUUUUCCUUUUCCCGGGAGACUCCUGGAGAAGCCCUGCCUCUUUCCCCCGCUGUACCACUACAGGCCAUCAAUCCCCUUGCCUGGCCGCCACCCUGACGGCACAGCCUGCACUCCAGCUUAGGGGAAAAAAAAAACUGAGAAGAUAUAAAUCCUGAGGGGAUUUAGCCUUGACAGAUCUUUAAUCUUUACGUAGUACAUAAAAAAAAUUAUAAAAAACUUCAGAUUUGUUCAUCUCAGAGCCCCACCCUUUGCAUCCUGUGUGGCAGACAGAUGAUUUAACUAGGGUUACGCUACACCUUUACAACCAUCUUAUCCAUUUCCUGUACCCUCUUUCAUCUCCAACCAUCAUUAAACCAUAGGAAUCGCCUCCACUAGCUUUCUUUUCCCCAUCCCCCCCGCCUCUUCCUAUGCUUAGAUCCUCACACACACACACACACACACAUUCCCUCGCAUCUCUGCAACACUUAGCAAAGGGGGAGGGGCGCGAUCUGCUACUGUGCAUAUGAUCCCCUCUCCUCUUGCCAUCUUGAGAUGCCACUCUUGCUCCCCUGCAAUGGUUAACGAACCGUCAACACCUAAUGUGUCCUUAAUAUGAGGGUUUACAGCUGCUAAAGCACGCUAAGGUCCUUUUUUUUUAAUUACAUGAAAGCUCUUAGGUGGGUUUUCAAACGAGUAUUAGGCUGGUUAAAGCACACUCGAGCGGAUGAAGUGCAGUUUCAGACAGGCCCUGUAAGAGUUGCAUAUUAAGAGGCGCGUGAUCGAUGGAAGAUGGAGGGCAGCAGGUGUUUGGGGCUCCUCUGUGUGGCCUCUUCGGUGGAUCUCGGUGGAUCAAUUAGCGCGCUGGAGCGAAAGAGUGCAAAUGUUAGCAUUAUCAUCAGGACCCUCCCACCCGCCCUUACCCCUCGCAUACUUGCUGUUGUGUACUCACACACACACACACACACACACACACCGGUUUACCUCAGGCUAGAGCUCAACUGUGCAUCUGAAAGUGUGCAGCAAAGGUGUGUCAUACCAUUUAGCAGGUCUUCCCUUAAAUUGAACAAAAACAUGGACAAAUUGCUGAACAUAAACUCUACUAUGCCUAAAAUAAAAACACUUUUGCCCGAACACUCGCUGGGGUGGACAUAAAGUGCUGAUUUUUAACUUUUUUUUUUUUUAGGUCAUCUGUCAUUUAGAGCGAGGAAGAGCUGAUGCAAUGAGCUGAUAGCUUACCUAAUUUUCCUCUGUUUUUUAUCUGUAACUGGCAGAAGGCCUUAAAAUGACCGGGUUCUUCUGGACAUAGCACAAAUUUGUUAGUUAUUUCAAUGUACUGACAAAAUACUCAUAAGGGACUGACAAAUACAAUCUGGCUUUCAUGGCAAGCCAGCGGGAGUAAAGUCUUGCACCCUGCUGCGUGUUCUGCGUCUAUGCGGUCACGUUUUUAUACGCCUCGAACUUUUUCACAUUUUGUCACAGUGCAACUGUCAAAGUAUGUUCUAGAGUGAUAGAAAGCGGUGCCAGAAUAAAGUGGAUAGAAAAAUCAUACCUGGAUUUAAGUGUUAGUUUUUAAAAAUUGCCGUUCGCUUGUAUUUUGCAACCCUGAGGUAACACUCUGUAGAACCAGUUUUUGGUAAUUAUGGCUGUAAGCCUCGAUCAGUUUUAAACUGUCGUGAUUCACGGUGGGGUUGGCGUGUUUAUGUGUAGCUUUCUUUUGUCUUGCAGACCAACGCGUUCAAUCUGUGCUGUCAUCUGAUCAGAGUGCCUUGUUCCACCGUUUUGUUGUUUCCCUCCUUGGCUUGUGGCAAACUGUGAACAUAGCCUCCUUUCUGCUAUUUACUUCUUAGUGAUUAAUGCUUUCCCUGCCUGAUCUGUCAGUAAACGGAUGGUAAUGUUUGAAAGAUUUUUCUAUUUUUCAGUUUUUCGGCAAGAGCUGUGCUCUAUAACAUGUUCCAAGCCUGGCUUAUGGUUCACUUCACAUCCGAGGAGGCUGCAUUGGAACAAGGAAUGGGCUUACAGCAUUGGGGGCCAGCCCCUGUAUAAACGGGCAGUGAUCAAUCCGAGCAGAGAGCUCAGCUGAGAGAAGCUACAGCGAGAAAUUAAAAAACAGCUUCUCAGCAGACGACCCGACAUCAGUUUGGAAUGAUCUUAAAAACAUCACUAAUUACAGGAACUCACCCCAUCACCCAGAUCAGAAAUACAUAGACAUACAAAUACAGUCUAGACAUUAUCAAUGCGGUAUUCUGUCCAUAAUGUGUAAGGAGCGCCCAUCAAGCCAAUCCAAUGUGGGUGGUGCUUCAGGAAACGUGGCAUGACAUUUUUUUUACUGAUCUCUAUUUAUUCACUGGAGUGCUGAUUUGCCCGAAAAACUGAAGUCACUGGCCGC